UAGGAUAAAUUGAAGGUGUGGCUUGAAUGCUUGGUGAUCGACUCUCGGCCAUUUCCUGAUUUCUGAGUUCAUCGGUUCUGGCUCAUAGCAAGGGAUAGUUCUCUUGGUUUUGGAAAGGUUGAUAAAUUGCCAUGACAGCCCUCAGGAAGAAGCUGGUUAUUGUGGGUGAUGGUGCUUGUGGAAAAACUUGCCUCCUCAUUGUAUUUUCCAAAGAUCAGUUCCCAGAAGUGUAUGUGCCAACAGUUUUUGAAAAUUAUGUGGCUGACAUUGAAGUUGACGGCAAGACAGUAGAGUUAGCAUUAUGGGAUACAGCAGGACAAGAAGACUACGAUAGGCUACGACCUCUGUCUUAUCCCGACACUGAUGUUAUCCUGAUGUGCUUCUCCAUCGAUAGUCCUGACAGUUUAGAGAAUAUCCCUGAAAAAUGGACUCCUGAAGUAAGGCACUUCUGCCCUAAUGUACCAAUCGUUUUGGUUGGUAACAAGAAAGAUCUGAGAAAUGAUGAUACUACAAAGAGAGAAUUAAACAAGAUGAAACAAGAGCCGGUAAAAACUGAUGAAGGAGAGUCAGUUUGUGUCAAAAUAGGUGGCUAUGCAUACCUAGAGUGCUCUGCUAAAACAAAAGAGGGCGUUCGAGAUGUGUUCAAAACAGCCACCCACGCUGCAUUGGAGAAAAAGGGAGUAGAAUUAGCAUUAUGGGAUACAGCAGGACAAGAAGACUACGAUAGGCUACGACCUCUGUCUUAUCCCGACACUGAUGUUAUCCUGAUGUGCUUCUCCAUUGAUAGUCCUGACAGUUUAGAGAAUAUCCCUGAAAAAUGGACUCCUGAAGUAAGGCACUUCUGCCCAAAUGUACCAAUCAUUUUGGUUGGUAACAAGAAAGAUCUGAGAAAUGAUGAUGCUACAAAGAGAGAAUUAGACAAGAUGAAACAAGAGCCAGUCAAAAGUGAAGAGGGGGCAGCAAUUUGUGAAAAAAUCAGUGGUUUUGCCUAUUUGGAAUGCUCUGCCAAGACUAAGGAAGGUGUUAGAGAUGUGUUUAAGAUGGCUACAAAAGCUGCACUGGAGACAAAGAAAAAGAGGAGAAAGAAGGGUCUGUGCAGUAUAUUGUAAAAUGAAAUCUCCUUGCCCAAACUUUGCUUCAAUACUAACUUGUUGAAACAUUUCCCAUCCUCUUUGGAUAGACAAUCUGAUGAGAGAAAAUUUCUUUCUGGAGCAGAAAGAAUGCUUCUGUAGUUAUUGUUAUUAACUUGAAUUAUUAUUAGUAUAAAAUUUGUUAAAAACCAUGCACAGUUGCUCAACACGUGUGGCAUAUUUCCAGUGGUGAGAUUAGGCAUCCUUGUAUUCAAUUCCUGUAAGGUGGCUCUGCUGCUGUAACUAAGGAUGCAUAGCCCUGUGGUGACAUGAAAUGUUUAUUAUUUGACAAGUGUAUAAAAGAAACUUGCCACUCUAGUUGAAGUGAAUGAAUCCUAGUGGCUAAUUGUGUUUUAUCACAAUUGUGGCCUUUGUGUGACAUGAUUACAUGGCACACUGCUUUACUGUUCUGGUUGUACAGUAGGAUGGCCAAAAAUUUUUAAUCAAACUGAUCUUGAUGUAAAACAGCUAAGCUUGAUUGCCAUGCAGUCAUGUUAUACCAGGGUUCUGUUGAGUUCAUCAGAUAAAGACAACAUUAAUUUUAUCAUAUGUAUGAGUGGUUUUCUCUAAAUUUGCUAACUCUUUCAUCUGUAGCAGGAUAAAAACUGUUAUGAAAACGAUUAGGAUCAAUUUUGUAGAAUAAUUUUUGUAUCUGUUUGAUGUUCUUCCUCUCAGGCUUGAAAGGUUUGAAAUUGUAUCUGCAAAUAGUACCAGCUUUAUGACAGUAAUCACAUAUUUUUUACUGAUAUUUCAAACCAUUUCACUGGACAUAAAAGUCAGGUCCACAAUUCUGAUAAAUGCUGAAAGAUUCCACUCAUGGUGAAAUAAUUAGCUAUUUCCAAAUCUCUUGCAGCUCAAGCUUUGAAAUCUGUGAGAGAUCAGGAUUAUUUUAAGAGUCCAAUUUGAUUUGUGUAUGUGAUAUGCAAUGUAUUAAGAUGUUGAUUUUAAGGCUAUAAUUCAUGAAUGGUGACAAGCUUUUCAGUUUGAGCAGUAAAAAUAAUAAAACUUGUUAUUUUGA